GGCAACCGCAUAUCCUCCCUCCCCCCUCUCUCCCUGCGCUCCCUCCGCCAAUUCUCCCUCGCCGACAACUGCCUGACAGCCAUCCCACAAGGCACGCUAGCGCAGUUGCCGUUCCUUGAAUCUCUCUGGCUCUACGGUAACUCCAUCUCUCACCUACCACCAGACCUUUCAGAUUGCUCUCGCCUUGCCAACCUAUGGCUCGAGGGCAAUCCGCUCUCACUAUCUCACACCAUUCUCUCCGACACCUUUCAUCGAAUCAAAACUGUGGGAGUUGACUCGCUGCAACUGGCACCAUUGCAGGGCAUGCAGUCCCCUCUUCCAAGCAACGUGCUUGUCAGCCGGCUGGCAGGGACUGGGGCAGCGCAGCGAGACGGUGGCUAUUUCAAGGUGCAGCCAUGGCAGCGUGUGGAAUCCUCGUCAGAGGCCGAGGCCCACCGCUCCAGAGUGCUGGUUGUGGCCUUUGGCAGCGCUCCAGCCGUGCCCAACUGGGCUGGGCUUCUGCGCAAGGUGAAGGGAGACAUGGGUCUCACAGCAGCCAUGGGAGGAACCACCACGCCCUUUGACACGCUCUAUGUCGUCGAUUCCACCCGCUCCUGGUAUACGCAUGCUCCCCUCCCCACACUCACACAAGCAGCAAGCAUUGUGAACAUCUCGUCGCCACCUCCUCCUAUGCUCUUUCAUGUCGGUGCCUUCUCCAUGAACCAAGGUUUGCAUCCAUCAGUUUCAACUACCCCAGCUACAUGGCCUUCAGUAUCAGUGCAGUCCCCGGUUCCGUCUAAUGCAUCAGUUGAUUCAUCAAAAGUUAGUUAUAGUGCUAGUGGCAACACGGAUGGGGCAUACUACCAGAGGGAGAUUGCAGCAGCAGUGGAGGGAUAUGACCGUGUGGUCAUGAUUGGAGAUUCCAUGGGUGCCUCAGCUGCCCUCAUGUUUUCGGAAUUUGGAUCAAGUGUUCUCGCAUUUUGUCCACAGGUGGACCUUAUCUCAGCCAGUAUUCGGCCUGGUCGUGACUCUGCUUGGCUCAGCUCCUUCACAAAGAAUCUUCUCUCCUCAAUGGAAUCAUGUUCUGGAAUGCUUCAAGGGGCUACUUGUUCGAGGUCCCCAUACGUUCAUGUACAUUGUGGGAACUGGUCCCAUGAUGUUUCACAGGCUCGACUGGUUGAGCACCUGCCCCAGGUUGAAGUGACAAUUCACCCUGUUGACAGCCACCGACUGGCGAAGGACCUGGAUACGAAUGGAAGGCUAGUUCCACUGGUCAAAGCAGCCCUCACCUGA